AUGAUCUUGGAUGUCGGUCCUGAAACUGCGAAAGCUUUUGCUGAAAUCUUAAAAACGUCUAAAACGAUCCUUUGGAAUGGUCCAGUUGGCGUGUUUGAAGUGGAUCAAUUUGGCGAAGAAUCUGAAGGAUUCUCUAUUGCUGGUGGUGGUGAUACUUUGGCAGCAAUUGAUAAAUACCAAGUUGCAGACAAAAUUGGUUAUAUUUCAACUGGUGGUGGUGCAUUCCUUGAAUUUGUCGAAGGCAAAACACUUCCAGCUGUAGCGCACUUCUUAUUGCUCCUUUGGCAUUUACUGCAUGUUCUAAACAAGAAAAAGCACCAGCCUCAGAACAAACAUCUUCUUCUGAAGCUGCUUCAGCAGAAUCAGCAAACACAUCUGCAGAACAACAAGCUGUGA